AGAAAAAAAAAAGUAAAAGAAAAGGUUGAAGGUGCAGUACUUCUGGUUGCAGAAAGAGAGUGCGUGUGUCCGAGAAAACAAAAGAAAUCGGCUUAAUUGAUACGACACGACGGUGAAGUUGAGAAUAUCCAAACAGCGAUAUAUAGAGAAAUUAGAGAGUGUGAUGAUGAUUAUUAUUUUCAUAUAGUAUCAGCAUCACAAUCACAAUCACAAAUACAAAUUCAUUCAUACAUAAAAGAAGAACAAGAUUAAUAAUAUCUAUAUAGCUAUAGCAGCUAUUAGGUAUUAUCAUAAUCAUUAUAAUUAUUAUGAAUAACGAUAAAAUUCUUCCUUCACCUUCCUUCACCUUAUCCAAAGGUAUCAAUGGUCUCGAUAAGGUUCUUCUUCGCGAGUCUCGUGGUUCCUCCGCAGAGGUGUAUCUGUAUGGUGGUCACGUGACUUCCUGGAAGAAUGAUCAUGGCGAGGAAUUGCUUUUUCUCAGUAGUAAGGCUACAUUUAAGCCUCCGAAGGCUAUUCGCGGAGGGAUUCCAAUAUGCUUUCCGCAAUUUGGAAGCCAUGGAACCCUUGACCAACAUGGAUUUGCUAGAAAUCGGUUUUGGACCAUUGACGAUGACCCUCCUCCUUUUCCAACAAAUAAUUUGAGCAAAGCCUUUGUUGAUUUGAUUCUUAAACCCUCUGAAGAAGACAUAAAGAACUGGAAUCACAGUUUUGAGUACCGUCUGAGGGUAGCUUUGGGACCAGGAGGAGAUUUAAUGUUAACUUAUCGGAUUCGGCACGCAAACAGUGAUUUUUCGUUCACCUUUGCAUAUCAUACUUAUUUAUCAGUAUCAGACAUAAGUGAAGUUCGGCUUGAGGGCUUAGAGACCCUAGAUUAUCUUGACAACCUGCAGAACAAGGAGCGUUUUACUGAACAGGGGGAUGCUUUAACGUUUGAAUCAGAAGUGGACAAGAUAUAUCUUAGUACUCCUACUAAGAUAGCAAUUAUUGAUCAUGAAAAAAAGAGGACAUUUGUUUUGCGUAAAGAUGGCCUUCCUGAUGCUGUGGUGUGGAAUCCAUGGGAUAAGAAAGCAAAAGCUAUGGCUGAUUUCGGUGAUGAUGAGUAUAAGCAUAUGCUUUGUGUAGAGGCUGCCAAUAUUGAAAAGGCUAUCACUUUGAAACCUGGAGAAGAAUGGAAAGGAAGACUAGAGCUUUCAGCUGUUCCAUCUAGUUACUGUAGUGGGCAGCUUGAUCCCCAGAGAGUUCUUCAGGGCAGUUGAAGUAUCGAUCUUGUGUUCUGUGUCCUGUACAGGUAGCCUGUUGCAACAUUUAUGGAUGAAUGAUGAAAGGAAAAUUUCUCAGUAAUUUUACUCCCUACAUGUUCCAUUUAAGUCUGUGUUGGACGAAUGAACUCAUGUUGGUUAGGAUUUUAUUGAACUUUGUUUUUUUCUCCCUAUAAUGGAUGACUUGUGUGGUCAUAACAAACUGCACAAUCAGAAGAGUCCACAGUUGUUGCCAUGGAAAGUCGAAAAUACAGCCUACAAUUCAACAGAUUUUCACGUUGAGUUGAAUGGCCCAGACCCAGAUGGGAUUCCUUUUGAAUCCACGUAGUAUUCUGGAUUCUUAAAUCCCUAUAAAUUGUUUAUUAUUUAAUGUUGUUGGGUAAUUAAUACAUCCUUGAAGAAUUCUUUAUUAUUAUAAUAUAAAAGGAAUGUAUGACAGAAUCGUUGACAAGUUUUUUCAAAUAUUUCUGGGUUAUUUUAUUGUUA